UGUCCACAUCACCAUUUAAAUGAGGUGAUGGGUGUGUGUGUGUGUGUGUGUGUGUGUGUGUGUUGUGAGCAUGCCAAUUAACUCUUGGUUUAUUCAUGUUCCCGUGCGCGGGCAGGGGCUCACAUGCUAGCCGAUAGCUAGCUAGCAAUUUAUAUCAAAAUGCAUAUGUUUUCGCCAGCCAAGGUGAUGCCUUAGGAGUCAAAUAAAUGUAUAUGUGAAAGGAUCGCGUUUAUGGGGAGAUUUGGGACAUCGCGGGAGAUUUUUCGCCCAUUUUAAUGACCCGCGAAUCCCAUUUUUUUCGGCCCCCGGAGCCACAGCGCUCGAACAAGAGAUCACCCGAGCACCGUUUGCGGAUGUAAGAAGGGGACCUACCGUUAUUUGGGGAGUAGCUAACCUACGAUAGGCUGGCAUUUCAUCGGGAAUUCUUUGCAGGCUUGACUGGACUCGCCAGAUAACACCUGAAGGCAGAGGAUAAAGUAUGAGGUUUUCUUAGAACUCUCCACACAAGUCUGAUCUUCACGCAGCUGUUUUCCUCUGCACAUUGCUGUCCCUGUCAUCAAAUUCUUCGUCACGGCCCCUUCACCAAGCACUCUCUCUGGUUCUUUAGUGCCACUUGCUGAGAUGGAUUGGGCCACACCAGCUGCCAAACUGAAUCCCUACAGUCGAGCCCGGAUGACAGAGGCUUGGCAGCAGCAUGCUGUUGCUCCACCUCCAGUCGUCCACACCAUCCCUCCAGGAGCUGAGAAUGCGUUGGGUUGUGCUGUGUAUGGUAUCGUACUACAGCCAGAUGCUACGUCUUUGCAACAGCAACAGCAGCAGACUCAGCAUGGGCAGCACAGCCAGCACAGCCAGCAACACAGUGGGGGUCAGCAGCAUGGAGGCGGGCAGCACAGUCAACAACAGCACACUGCCCAGACCCAACAGACCUCCCUACAGGUGGGGACAGAAGGACACAAGUGUGGGGCAUGUGGACAUGAUAUAUCCCACCUGGCUAACCCACAUGAGCACCAGUGCAUGGUGAGUCAAGACAGGUCAUUCCAGUGCACCCAAUGCAUGAAGAUUUUCCACCAGGCGACAGACUUGCUAGAGCACCAGUGUGUUCAGGUGGAACAAAAGCCAUUUGUGUGUGGGGUGUGUAAGAUGGGAUUCUCCCUGCUCACUUCUCUAGCCCAGCAUCACACAUCACACAACAGCACCAACCCAAUGAAGUGUUCAAUAUGUGAGAAGACCUACCGACCUGGUUCUUCUGGCAAUGCCACACCAAACUCAAACAACCCCCAGCAGCCCAGCAGUGAUGGUGCAUCAGCCAGCAGCAGUUCAUCUAUUCUACCUUUUCCCUCGGCCAGAGACCGGCCAUACAAAUGCUCCGUUUGCCAGAAGGGCUUCAAACACCUGUCAGAACUCACACGGCAUGAGAGGGUGCACACAGGAGAGAAGCCGUUCAAAUGUGACACAUGUGACAAGGCUUUCAGCCAGUCGUCACAUCUACAGCACCACCAGCGAACACACAGCAAUGAGCGCCCAUUCAAGUGUGCUGUCUGUGAAAAGAGUUUUAAGCACCGCUCCCACCUUGUGCGUCAUAUGUAUGUGCACUCUGGUGAGCACUUGUUCAAAUGCAACUUAUGUGAGCUGCACUUCAAAGAGUCAUCGGAGCUCCUUCACCACCCCUGCCACCCACAGGGUUCUCGUCCAUUUCGCUGUGCCACGUGUGGUAAGGGUUUCAAGAGGCCAUCUGACCUUCGCCAACAUGAACGCACACACUCUGAGGAGCGUCCCUUCCACUGUGAUGAGUGUCAAAUGAGCUUCAAACAGCAGUAUGCACUUGUGCGCCACAGACGCACACACAAAGACCCUACUGACCGGCCGUUCAAAUGCAAUCUGUGUGACAAGGGUUUCAUGCAGCCUUCUCACCUCCUCUACCACCAGCACGUCCAUGGCAUGGACAACUUGUUUAAGUGUGCCUCAUGCCAGAAGGAGUUCAGCCAGUCAGGAGAGUUGCUCAGACACAAAUGUGGUGAGUCGUCCAACACCUCACCAGAUAAGCCGUACAAGUGUGACGUUUGUGGCAAGGGCUAUAAGAAGAGUUCCACGUUACAGCGCCAUCAAAACUCUCACUGCCAAGAGAAGCCCCUCAAAUGCUCGCUCUGUGACCGACGUUUCCUCUCGUCCUCAGAAUUUGUCCAGCACCGCUGUGACCCGUCACGGGAAAAGCCGCUGAAGUGCCCAGACUGUGAGAAACGUUUCAAAUACUCAUCAGACCUGAACCGACACCGGCGCGUACAUACAGGGGAGAAACCGUACAAAUGCGGCCACUGCAACAAGGGCUUCAAACAACGCGAGCACCUGACCAAACACCAGAGCACACACUCCAGAGAGGGCCAGUUCAAGUGUGUUUGGUGUGGAGAACGUUUCAGUGACUUGGGCUCUUUGCAGGAUCACACAGUGCAGCACACAGCCGAUGGAGGGGGUUACCCUGUACCCCAGUGCAUAUAAAUCCCUGGAGACUUUUCCCCUGAACAGACUGUCCCUGUCCUCUCUUGUCUUGUAGGCUGCCUAACAUUCAUCACGUUUUCAGGACAGCCUAAGCUAUUACUAUUGUAUUCUUUCCACCAGUGCUACAUCAGGUCUUUGUUGCUCUACUAACCUGCCCAGAGCAUGACAUCACUCCAGCCCUGUCAUUCCAUGAAAUCCUGAGGAGCACUUUCUUCCUCCCUUCUUGACAGCCCCCCCCCCCCCCUUCAUUCUUCAACUUCACACUCAAACAGUUGACAACAGUAAAGAGGCCACAACCACUUAACUCCCAUCAGUCAUACUUACUGCCAACCAAAUGUGUUGUGGACAGACACAGGUGCCAUAAAGCAGGUUCAUCUGGCAAAUACUUAAAUUCUCCCUAAUUACCCCUCUGCAGAGAAGGUACAAAAUGUCUGGGCAAAAUCAGCAAGCCAUUAUUAUUAUUAUUAUUAUUAUUAUUAUUAUUAUUUUAAAUAGUUUGGCAGUAAGUAUGUUGUAAAGUUUAUUGAAUGAAUCAAUAAAGUUGAGUCUCCACCUAAGCUGAUAGGGCUGGAAAAUGUCUUAACUCCUUAACUCCACUAUAAGGGGAUCAUUCCUUGUUUUUCAUCAUCUCUCCCUCUCUUUUGCCAAUUCCUCUUCUUCCUUUCUCUUCAGUUCCUCCUUCCAUCAGUCUUUUCUUUUGCUUCCUGUCUCAGCUGCCACUGUUUAGUAUCAAAAGACUGGAAAGUUUGACUACCCUCUCAGAUGCACAUGCACUCACAUUUGUUUGUGUUUGGUCAGGUGAAGGAAGAUUUAGGAUGCUUUUGGUUUUCUUUUUCCUGCAGUAACAUAGAUGGUGUAUUGACUCUUUUGGUCCUUACACCCCACUUCCUCAUCACUCUGGGUAUAAGAAUUUUUACACUUAGCAUUUAUGAAGUAGUCAGUGAUGUCCUCAACAUAUGUGAAGGGAAACAGUAUGGGGUAGUUUGGGGAUUUAUUGUCCUAUAGUGAAAUAAUUCUGGUGUCUGUGAGUGUAUGUGUGGGCCAUGAUUUUUAUGGCCAUUUCUGCUUCUACCAAAACACCAGUGUAAAGCAGCACCUGGUCCCAGUAGUAGUGUGUAGACUAACCAGCCAGCUGAAAUUAAUUAUCAAUAAAACCCCUACUGGUUUAUACCAACCUCACCCUCCAGUAUAGACAUAUAUAGAAAUAUAUAUUUCACACCAAUAUACUCAUCAUAUUCCUGCAGAGGUCAGUGCUGUUAGACUAAUGUGAAAGUGUCCACAUUUGAACAUUACACAUCCUCUCUCAGCCUGUACAUACUAUGGAUGUGUGAGUGUACUCAGCCAGACAAGUUGAAAAUAUGUCUGAACUUGUCUUUCUUAAAAAAUGUAUUGAACUGUUUUUGUAUUCUUGCUACUUUUUACCAUGUGAAAUGUUUUGACAAAUGCUCUUGUUGCUUUUGUAGUCCAUGUAGUGAUUGUAUUGGUAUGUUGCAGGGAAACUCAAAGAGCACCCUGUGUGUGUGCGUGAGUCUGAGUGUGUGAAUACUUUAUUCUGUCAAACAGGGAAAUUCAGACUGAAGAGAAUUGUAUUAGAAAUGUUUCAACAGACCUGCGCCUUUCUCUUUUUAAUUUACUAAUGUUACUGGUCUGUCGGAGAGCUGUUUUUUGCAGGACAAACCGGCACCUUCUGUUAAAUAUUUUCCAUGUUUUGAAAGAAAUAUUAAUACUGUAUUUCCUGUUACAUGUUGCACAAGCUCGACGUUAAGUCUGUCAGGGUGGGUUUAUACCAGAGUGACUGACGCCUUCCUCUUCUUUGAAUGCUAUGAGAUUCUCAAGAAGCUUGGAACACCAGUUGGUUUACAUGUCGGCUGUGAUCGCCAUUGUUCCUCUUUCUGUCUGUCUGGGGAGCUGUUCCCUCCUCUCUCGCCUUACUCUCUUUCACUGUUGAUUCAUGGUUUGAGUGCAGUAUUGAGAAGUAUUUAAUACAAACGGAGGAGGCCAAGGAGACAGAAGUGACAAUUUUUUUAUUCUGGCUUUUAAUUUGGUUUUUGUGUGAGCCUUAUGGGGGGGCCCAUUACCUCUCUUCCCCCUCUUCUGCUUUCUGUCUCUGUCCUUCAUCAUCAUCUUUAUCAUCAUGUGAGGUCAAAUGGUUGGUCCCAUCAGCCAUCAUAUUUUCAUCUUCUGAAUCUGGCAUUAUAUGACUUUGAGAACAAGUUGGACUUAAAGUAAAAAAAAGUACUGUAUGUUUUUUUAUGGUUUCACAUUUGUUUAUAUUGUUUUUGGGUUUUUUUGUAUUAAUAUUUUUUUAAUUGAUUAAUUGAUAUGAAUAUAUUCUUGGAGGGAGAGACCAGGGCCUUGGGGUAGGUUUGGGUAAAGAUGACAGAGUUAUAUUCAACUUUCACAACAUAGAUUUUUAUCUAAGGCCAAAUCACAGUGGAAAACAGUGUCUACACAAAGAUUACUGUGGUGGUAAGUGGUGAAUAAGAACAACACAAACACUGUUCGUAUUUGCCAAGAACUACAAGCACUCAAGGACUUUGACAUGUUAAUUGGUGCUGGCACAUCCUCAGAUGUGUGUAAUAAAAAAUAGACACAGGACAAGGACCUCACAUACUGUUUAGUGCUGACAAUAGACUAUAAUAAUCAUAGAAUAUGUAUAAUAGUAUGAUAACAAUAAUAAUAAUGAUAAUACAAGUGUACAUUCAAAGCCAAAGAAUUAUUCCAGCCCAGCAGCACUAGUAUAGUAAUUAGUGGUAGUGAGUGAGUAAUAGUAACAGACCAAACUUAGAGUCAAUGGGAGAGCUGCAAUUGAAAGAUGACACAUCUUGAACAAUUCUUGGUUAAAAAGUCCAUCCCAUAUCCAGCAAGCAGUCUGAGAAAGGAGGGGAAAAUGUCCUGUAUAAGCACAAAUGAAAUAAAUACACCCCUCUGCUGGUCUCAUGGAAAAGGUCAGUUUAGGCACCAGUUUACCCACCGGCCAUCCUCUCUCCUUUUCAGUUCCAGUAAGUAAACCCAUCAGACCCUGGUGUCUCUUGCACUCUGCAUGCUUGCUGUGUUAGUUCCUGUGUUCUGUCCCUGGGAACUGGUGCUCCCCCCCUCCUCUUCCUGCCCUCCUCAUAGCACUGUUCCCUUCUAUAGCGUUUACAAAUUGUUCUGUAGUUUAUGUGAAUGAUGUUGGAAAAAAAACACUUUGUGGCAACGUACAGUAUGUGUACAUUCAUGCUAAGAUUAUCUGUAUGUAUGUAGCAUUCAAUUACACACAGCACUAACAAAUAAAACUUUUUUCCUUUAUAAAUUUA